AAGGGGGAACAGUCAUAACGAGGCUUCUGUGUUUCUCCACACAGCUGAUACCUAUGUGGUUGCCAAUGAUUCAGUCAAAUAUCAAGCACUUGUCCGGGGGACUCCAGCUUCGCCUCCAGGCCAUUCAGAACAACGUCAACCACCACAGCCUAAGGACGCUGCCCGGCUCGGCCCAGAGCAGCACCGGCCUGGCGGCCCUCCGCAAGUGGCUGCAGUGCACCCGGUUCAAAAUGGCCCAGGUGGAGAUCCAGUCCUCGGAGGCGGCCUCUCAGUUCUACCCUCUCUGAGCGACCCCUCGGCUGGUUCUCCGCGACAACAUUCUGGCUUAGCAAUAAUGGGUUUCAAAACAGAACCAUUUGAUCAGGCAGGCUGGGGAGCAUACCGGUACUGUACAUUCUCUUUCUAGUUUAGUGACAGACGUGCAGGGGCCGGAGAGGGCCGCCAAUGAAGCUUUCUUGCUACACAUAUUUCUGAUGACUCCUUGGGCUAUCUGAUUAAGUGUUUCCUUACAUUAUUUUUUAAAAACCAAAUCAUUUUUCUUUAACUAACUUCUAUUUUUUUUAAGAAAAAAAAAAUAGACU